CACACAUACACACGGACAAGAUGCAGAGUAGGAGGGUCAAGCAGAGCUAUGUGAUGGCGCUGACUUUAUAGAGGAAUAUCCACAGGCACUACCAAAAGAGACUGAAAAGCCUCAGUGUCGCAGUCCGUUGGCGGAUGUUAAACUGAACCACGCGCUUUAACUGAUAGCACGGUCUGUUUCUAACUGUCUGUACUGCUAGAGGAUUUGUCUGUUCGACAUUGUUUGACUAAAUGCGGUUAUUUCUUCUUCAAGGAAAAAUCCAGAGCACACGGAUAACCUUACCUUCGCGCAUUAUAAUGGGAGCGGCGUGUUUCCGAAGUUGGACUAGUGAAGUAGCACCAAUGUAAAUAUUUAGGUGCUGCCCGUGCGACCUUUCGUCCAUUUUGUCUUUACGCCAAACAGUUUUUAUUACUUCUGUGGGUUUUACGCUGAUGUCCGUUAAAUAAUCGUGUAAGGAAGAAAAAUACCGAUUCAGUGAAGAAUGGGACCUUAUCGGAUGAAGUUUCAACAUCGAGCUACGUUGAGGCAAGCGUUUGUGGGGCUGAAGCCAUGCUGAUCUUCAGUGUCAGGUGUUGGAGUGUGGUCUUGCACCAGAGCCUGUGCUUCUGAAGCCUUGUGCCACUCCCCCAUGGCUCUAUGGGAGCUGCUGUUGCUGACUUUCAGCCUCCGCUGCUGGCUGACAAGCUCUGCCAGUUUAGCUGAAGAAGGCCCUGCAGGCCCCCUGGACUGGCUUCUUUCUGACAAGGGCCCAUUUCACCACACACAAGAGUACACUGAAUUUGUGGAGAGGAACCGUCAGGGAUUUUCCACAAGAUACAAGAUCUACAGGGAAUUUGGCCGGUGGAAAGUGAAUAACUUGGCUGUAGAGCGACGGGAUUUCCUGAACUCCCCUUUGCCUCUCACCCCGGAAUUUAUAAGAAACAUUCGAUUCCUGGGACGAAGGCCCACUGCCCAGCUAAUUACUGACAACCUGAUCAAGAAAUAUGGGACCCAUUUUCUACUGUCGGCUACACUAGGAGGAGAGGAGGCUCUGACUAUAUUUGUGGACAAGAGGAAGUUGAGUAAGAAAGCAGAGGCGAGCGACUACACCAGUAACAGCACGGCUGUGACUCUGGAGGCCCUGCACCAGCUGGCUGCUUCCUAUUUCAUAGACAGGGAGAGUACUCUGCGAAAACUGCAUCACAUCCAAAUUGCUUCCACUGCCAUCAAGGUAACUGAAACGAGGACUGGCCCUCUCGGCUGCAGUAACUAUGACAACCUUGAUUCGGUCAGUUCUGUGCUGGUUCAGAGUCCCGAGAACAAAGUCCAUUUGCAAGGCUUGCAGGUCAUUUUGCCAGAUUAUCUCAGAGACACUUUCGUCCAAGCUGCUCUUAGUUACAUUGCCUGCAAUGGAGAGGGAUCUUUUGUCUGUCGAGACAAUGACUGCUGGUGCAAAUGUGACCCUAAGUUCCCAGAAUGCAACUGCCCCUACAUGGAUAUUCAGGCCAUGGAGGAAAGCCUUUUGCGAAUCUCUGAAUCAUGGGCUGUUACCUACAAAGAGUUUGAAGAUUCAGCCGGAGGGCGCUCUUGCAUAGAAACUCCUCAUAUCCGUAGCAGAAGUGAUACUACUGACGACGCUCCAGGAAGGCCACAGUCAUACUGGCUGAAUUACUUCCAGUCUUUAUUAUACUGCUCAGAGAACAACCAGCUAGGAUCCUUCUCAGAAGAGCUACACACCUGCAUUUGUGCAUAUGACCAUAGUUACUGCCAGGUACCCACACCAUGCUCUGUGGGUGAUGGUGCCGCCUGCACGGCUUGUGCUAGCGACAACCACACUCGCUGCGGAAGUUGCAACAUCGGCUACAUGUUAAGUCAAGGGACCUGUCGACCAAUGGUGGGAGAUUCCACUGAAAACUACCUGGGCUUUGAGACUGAUCUUCAAGAUCUGGAGCUACGCUACCUCCUACAGAGAGCCGAUCGACGCUUAGAGGUCCAUGCUAUCUUCAUCAGCAAUGACAUGCGUUUGAAUAGCUGGUUUGAUCCUUCAUGGAGGAAGAGGAUGCUGCUUACGCUAAAGAGUAACAAAUAUAAAUCCAACCUGGUCCAUAUGCUCUUAGGAAUCUCCCUUCAAAUAUGCCUUACUAAAAACAGCACUCUGGAACCUGCGCUCACACUCUUCAUCAAUCCCUUCGGAGGGAGCCACUCAGAAAGCUGGGUAAUUCCUGUGAAUGAGAACAAUUUUCCAGACUGGAAGUCUGCUAAGCUGGACCUUCCACUAGAAUGCUUUAACUGGACCUUGACUUUGGGCAACAAGUGGAAGACCUUCUUUGAGACCAUCCAUAUUUACCUGAGGAGCCGCAUUAAAACUCUGGGCACUGGGGCCAAUGACAGCGUUUACCUGGAGCCGUUGGAAAUGGCUGACCCUACUAGAAAUCUGGGGUAUAUGAAGAUUAACAGCAUUCAAGUGUUCGGUUACAGUAUGCAUUUCGACCCGGAAGCAAUCCGGGACUUGAUCCUGCAGCUGGACUAUCCAUACACGCAGGGCUCGCAGGACUCGGCCUUGCUCCAGCUGCUGGAGAUCCGAGACCGGGUCAACCGACUCUCUCCACCAGGCCAGCAACCUCUGGACCUGUUCUCCUGCUUAUUACGGCACCGUCUCAAACUGACAGCUAAUGAGGUAGUGCGCAUUCAUGCCUCGCUCCAGUCCUUUAAUGCCCGUCUCCCCAAUUCUCUGGAUUAUGAGACCACUAAACUCUGUAGCUAACGGUUAAAGCAUCAUAGCAGACAGCAAUAGAACAACUGUAAAAAUGCAGAAUAGACUGUUAAAGUCAAAGCUGCAAUGACUUUCAGUGA